AUGUGGAGGCACAGAGGUACAUUUUGGACUCCUUACCUCUUCCGGUUCCCAAAUUUGGUCCAUUUCAUGUUCCUCCCUUGGAUUGAGACCGUUUCACUCAUGUUUCGUCCUAGUAAUGUGGAGAACCUAUUAAUCCAUGUUUGGGUAUGUAUGGGUCCAUCUAGUUCAUCUUAUACACUACAAGUGAGUUUCCACAAUGUGGAGGCACAGAGGUACAUUUCGGACUCCUUACUGAUGGCGGGUUUAGAUUGCCUCAAAUUUUCACAAUUUAUAAACCCAACUAAUGAGCUGCAAGUGCACAGCCGUGUUGUAGUCGGGGUCGAACACGAGGAGGAAGUGUUCUCGCUUAACACCUUGUGA